AUGCCGCUUUCUUUAUUUAGUAUUCCCACUAUCGUGUUGUUUUUGUCGGUUUUUGUUUCAUAUUACUGUAUCAUUUAUUAUAAUAAGGCAGUACCAAUGGCCAAUAAUGGAAUACUUUUCAUUUCAAACGCUGCCAAGGCUCAUAAACUUUGCUCGAAAAUAUCGAAAUGUGUGAAAAAUGUUUUAUAUAUAAAUUUUAAUAGUGGACCAGAAAGCACAUUGUCAAUUGUAAAUAAACAAAUUAUUGAUAUAUAUUCUAAGGUACCAAAAAAUAUGCAGAUAGAUAUAAGACUGAUGUUGAAACCAAGGGAGACUGGAAAUAAAAUCAAAACCAAUAAUGCAAUAGAGUUGAUAAUGUAUGACAAAGAUUUAGCAAAUGAAGUUGAUAAUUUGAAAUAUUCACUAACAAAUAAAAGAGAAAAUGUAGAUAUUGAAAGUGUAGAAAAUGAAAAAAAUGCAGCCGAAGAAGUGAAAGAAGAUGUUAAAGUGUAUGAUUAUGUGGCACUCGGAGGAACAUUUGAUCGUUUGCACAAUGGCCAUAAGAUUUUGUUGUCUCAAGCAGUUUUGCGAGCUAAAAAACAUGUUACAGUUGGUGUCACCGACCUCAAUAUGAUACAAUCUAAGAAAUUAUGGGAGUUAAUUCAACCGAUCGAGAUAAGAAUUAAGGCAGUAUUAGACUUCCUGACUGAUAUAAAUCCCGACUUAGAAUACAAUGUACUGCCAAUCCAAGAUGUGUAUGGACCGACUAAAGAUAACCCUAAUUUCCAGUUAUUAGUGGUCAGUGAGGAGACAAGUCGAGGUGCGAUCAAAAUUAAUGAGAAACGUAAAGAAAAUGGACUAAAUCCUUUAGAUGUUUAUACUAUCGGACUUGCUGAAGACACAAACCAGCAAUCAUAUGAGGAAGAGGCCAAGCUGAGUUCAAGCAAUCAAAGGAUGAGGUUACUGGGAACCAUUAUAAGAGAACCUCGGCCCAACCCAAAUAUCCCGAAGCACCCAUAUGUGAUUGGUCUAGCUGGCGGCAUAGCCAGUGGGAAGAGCAGUAUCACAGAAAAGUUAAAACUGAAAGGUGCAGCUAUAUUGAACUGCGACAUCAUAGCUCAUGAACUAUACAAGCCUGGGCUGCCAUUAAACCAUACCAUCGCUGAGAGUUUCGGAAGUGACGUCAUUACUGAUGAAGGGGAGGUGGACAGACGGAAGCUGGGAGCUACUGUGUUCAGUGAUAAGAGUCAAUUACAGAGACUGAACUCAUUAGUAUGGCCGGCUGUUAUCCAAGAAGCGCAGAAAAGGAUCAAGGCGUUAGGAGAAGCUGGUAGUUCAGUAGUGGUGAUGGAGGCCGCUGUGAUGGUUCAAGCCGGGUGGUACAAAUAUUGCCAUCAGCUAUGGACAGUCAUUAUACCACCAGAAGAGGCGGUGAAAAGACUACAGGCUCGCAAUAACUUAUCAGAAGCAGAAGCCAAACAGCGCGUGAGUGCCCAACCUUCAAACCAGGAACAAGUUGCUUUAGCCAAUGUAGUGUUUAGUCCAUAUUGGAGCUACGAACACACCCAGGGACAAGUUGACCGGGCUUGGGAAAACUUGCAGAUAUAUUUACAAUAA